GUCUGUCUGUGAGUUAUUUUUAGGAGCUCACACCUAAGGACAGACCAAAUAGUCUCCUUUUAAAACAACUAGGUGCUGGUGAUUCCUCUGGAAAGUGCUGGAGAGCUGGGAGUGGCCUGAUCUGAAUGGCUCAAUCAGAAACUGGUGACAGAAGUCUGCCCACAGGGUACAAUCAAGUUCCAGACUUGACCGGCCUCCUUCACUGUCCAGCACCUCUUCGGAAGUGAUGACACCACGAAGCUCCGUCUCAGUUUCUGUCUGCAUAACAAUCUUCUUCCUCCAGUGUGCAAAAGUAGUCCCAGAUGCCCCCAUGGCCUCGGGGCUGUGGCUGUGCCAGCCUGCCCCCAGGUGUGGGGACCACCUCUAUAACCCCUCGGAGCAAUGCUGUGAUGACGACACCAUCCUGCCUCUGAAUCGGACUCGCCUUUGCGGCCCCAACUGCACCUUCUGGCCCUGCUUUGAACUCUGCUGUCCUGAGUCCUUUGGCUCCCAGAAGUUUGUUGUGAAGUUGAAGGUCCUGGGCGUCAAGUCCCGGUGCUUCUCGUCCCCAAUCUCCAGAAACUGCCCCAGAUCACAUGUAGGCAGGAAGGCAGGCAGAGAGAAAGGAGGAAGCAGAUUCCCUGCUGAGCAGAGAGCCCGACUCGGGGCUCCAUCCCAGUGAUGAAGUCCCAGAACCUAAGUCAGAACCAACCAGAAGAAGCCUACGUGACUACCUCAGCAAGAGGAAGAUUCUGUCCUUGGCAAGAGGCCGCCAUUACACGCGGAACUCCCAGUGUACGCCAAUGGGCUUUUCCUCUAUAACAAUCCCCACCUCCCUGCGUUUCUCUGGAAAAGGGGGUUUCUUGGAGGAAUACAGGAGAACUGCCAAUGCCAGACAAGUUACGACUGAAACACAGGCAAGUUGGAACUGCAAAUGUGGUGGCUUCUCACUGAGGGAGCUGUUGUUGCCUGGAGGGAUGAGGAAUGCUGCUUCCUUCCCCACAGGGGAGGUAUCCUUUGUUUUCUGGACUUGCCUGUGGUUUUGCCAGGGCUUGUGUGUGUCAAAUUCCAAUUCUCUGCUAUUCCUUAAAAGAAAAAAAAAAAAAAUUGAGGACAGGGAGGUGCUGGUAAAAGAACAUUUCUAUUGCUAGCAUUGACACUAUAUACCCAAAUGAGAUGAAAUCACCAUCUCAAAGAAGUGGUGGCACACCCUUGUUUGUGUAAGGUUUUAUUUAUUUAUUUUUAAAAGAUUUUAUUUAUUUAUUUGGGUAAGUAUAUGGCGCCUAUUCCUCUUUCGGUACCGAUAUUCAUGUGCACAUGCUAGUCUGAUUCUGUUUUCUCGUGAUUUCUGAUGAUAUCUGGGCAACCUUCAGUGUCUGACAGACGUGUCCAGAAACAACAGUUGCGACCUUGGGGGAUGCCCCAGAGGUGAAGGAGGGCCAGGGACACCUGGUGGCCUCCUAUCGGGUAGAUCCGGAGGAUCUACAUCUGUUAUAUCCCAGAAAACACUAUCAUAGGCCACUAUUUUAUUUUUCAUCUCUCCUACAGUCCCACUCGGGACAAGUGCUUGCGUCCUAUUUUUUUCUAGGUUUGGUGACUGCAGGAAUCUUCCUGUACUUCGAGAUGGGACAGAACACAUCAACUCCCCUGUCUCUAACCCUAGCCCAUUGGUCAGAGGUUCGGGCUAGAGCUCAUAAUCUCUCUCUCUCUCUGUAAAGAAAGCUAAAUGGCAGACUCUCUGUGCCACUGAAUGGCCAUCUUUUGAGGUCAACUGCCCCCCCCCCCAGGGGUCUUUCCAUCUCACCCUGAUUUUGCAGGUCAAGAACGUCAUCUACCGGCCCCGACCUGAGGGACACCCGGACCAGGAGCCCUACAUCUUGGUGUGGCAGGAUCUCUGCGAAAACCCUCCCUCUUGGGUUAAGCCUUUUCUGCCCACCCCUCCGAAUCUCCCACCUCCUUCGUCCCCAACACCUGCAAGCCCAGCAGUCCUUGCUCUAACAGCACCCACCCCCUCCACCGGACCCAUUCCAGCUCCCCCGAAAAACCCCCUCAAGCCCCCUAUACUUCCAGACUCUCAGGACCUUCUCCUCUUUGAAGCUCCCCCUCCUUACCCUCCAGUACCUGGUCCACAGCCCCUACCACCUCAACCGGGACCUCCUGAUCCGCCUUCCACCCCCUCUGCACCGGUGCCUGACUCCUCCGUCUCCCCUUUCGGACCAGCCCAUGGCACCCGUAGCCGCACGACCCGGACUGAUAACAACCAAGGUCCUGAAGCUGAA